GUUAUCCAUUGAAAAUAUUGACGGACGUGGCUGCGUUCCGUGCACAUAGAGGCGCUAGUGAAUGAAUGGCAGACGUCACUUCAGGGGCUGAACUUUUGAGGUUAUCGCACGGAGAACGCCCAGGCCACAGGUAGAGCACUUCGGCGCAUACGAGCAAAGGAGGGCCUGUCAGAGGUGAACUGUUACUCCCUUCUGAAUUCGACGAGGUUGGACCAAUUCGACCUAUUAUUGCCGAGUCAUUCGUCCCGCUACGGUAAUCGGAGAACUUGCUACCUCGGGAUCUGCAGCUACUGACUCCGAGUCACUACGCACGUUUAUGGCCAGCUUUGUCCUUGUCGAAGAAAUCGACCGAUCAAUUCGAGGAAGAAGCGCGAAGAACGCCCGGCGACGUCUCUAUCAUAUCGUUUCGUGAGCUUCCGAGCUCACCCAGUUCAUCAUGACGUACUUGAACCAGCCGGAUUACGUGCGCUACCUGUGCAACUGCGGCUCCUUGAAGCCCAUAUCCAAGAUAUAUUUCUGCCGACAUUGCUUGAUGAUACGAUGCGGCUACUGCGUCUGUCAAGAGGUUGACUCCCAUUACUGUCCCAAUUGUAUGGAGAAUUUGCCAUCAUCGGAAGUGCGUCUCAAAAAGAACAAAUGUUUCAACUGCUUCGACUGUCCUUGCUGUUUUCAAACGUUAUCUACGAGAGCGGGACUGGCACCUGUUAGAACGACAACAGCAGCAUCAACCGAGGGAGAAGAGAGCAAGGACGUCAAAGCCACUCCCAAAAAAGUGUAUUAUCUAUUUUGUUCACUGUGCCGAUGGAGCUCCCGUGAUGCGGGGAUACCCGACCAAUCUGUAGCAACUGGAGGAUGGCCCGAGCAGGAGAAUCCGCACAUAACGCGUAUCAACACUCUGAUUGAUUAUCACAAGAUAUUAGCAUCUAUAGAGAAACAGCAAUGCGAGAGGAAGAAAUUUCAUCCGAAACGCUCCUUCAUGCCAGCUCAGACGAUGUACAGUUUUACAUCGGCGAUGGUUCGCAAGCGUAUCGGACGUUCCAUGAAACCACCCAUUCAGUCUCAAUCAUCCGCUCACCCAGUACCAUCCGUCGCGAGCGAGGAAGUGGACGAAUUACCGAGCGAUAUAUUUACAGAAACUGUGGAUAUAACUAAAAUUACUACGUUGGAACAAAGAUUACAACACCCAGAUGUACAGGCUGAAAAGAUAAACGAGUUGCGUCCUCAGCAUAGACAGUUUUUAGUCAAAAGGUCGCAACGUUGCAGAGUGUGUGAGCAUAACGUUAGCAAAUCGGAUCUUUGCCCUCAAUCGACAAAAUUCAAGAUCUUACUAGCUGCAUUCUAUCAUAUCCCAGAAGUCAAGAUCGUUACUUGCGAACCACUUCGAACGGGGAAAUCGAGUGAAUUGCUUCUGAAAUUUUGUAAUCCAACGCAACAUCAAACGCAGAUAACUAUAUUGCCUUUGGAUACCUCGUUAUCUACUUCGCUCACCGAGGAGAAAGAUGGCAAACAAGACGAUACACAGGGGAGUGAAUCACCAAAUUUAUUGCCAUCUACUAUACGACAGGCACUUGUAACAGAAGAUCCCAAGGCAAUAAAAGUUGUACCAAAUGCAGACUUGAUGAUGCCGCACAGCUCAUUGAUUCUUCCACCAAGAGACGAUGCUGCUGAAUACGACGACACAAGUGACAAUCACAAUUUCCAGGAUGAUCCAAAGCUCGUAGUAUGGCGAAAAGGAAACAAGGCGGUAAUACGUUUGCACGUAACUCCGCAUGAGACUAAUAAAAAUAGUGACGACCCAGUUGUAGUUGGAUUUGUCAUGCAACAUGGAUACGUAAAUACUAUUGCAGCACUGGAGCAUAAAUCUCCGCAGAAAGUAGAUGUAAAAGUCAAGUUGUAUCUUACUGUUGGUCAGCUGCUAGUUGGCGAAACAUAAUUUAUGAUUUAAUUAAAAUAAUUAGAAGAUAGAAUAUUUUAUAUGAAUGCUUUAUAGAUUUUUCAAUAGCCGAUCAAAUUAAAUAUCAGAUAUCUAAAUAUUUUUAUGCUUCAAUGAAUUUCUGUAUUAUGCUUAAUACACGUUAAUGUAUUUACUGAUACUAAGCACGUACAAGAUAGAAAUCUAUGCUGUUUAAUCAUGCUCCAAUUUUUUAUAUACGUAUUUUUUUAAGUUUAAUAUUUAUUCAUAUUUAUUCUUCUAAAUAAAAAAUGAACUUAUGUUAAGAAUUUGUAACAAAAACCUGUAAAUUAUAAUGGAAGCAUGUAGUUUCGAAAAUGUAUCGUUAUAUAAAAAUUGGAGGAAAUAUGUAUUUCACAAAAAA